GAUCUAUAAGCAGCUAUUUAUUAAGAUCAUGACAAACAUGAUUCGUAGUAUACUGACUUUAGUAUGUUUUCUGAUUAUUUGCGAACACGGUGUCCUGCUCGAAGCAACGAAGGCGGAUAACAUCGAUUGGGGUGAGGUCCGGACGUUAUUAUCGAAGAUUAACACGGCGAUAAGAAAACAGAAAGAAGCUAAUGAGAUUGAGGGUAUACGAUACAGUUCCUUGUCAGACGAUGAGCUAACACAAUACGGUGAUAACGAACGAGCUGUUGAUCUUCAGAGAAGACAAAAUCCGUUGACGGGUGACCUUUUCACUGAGUUCGGUAAGCGUACGUCAGGUGGGAUGAAAUCGCCUGAUAUUGAUAGUCACGGGAAAAGGCAGAACCCCCUUACGGGAGAUCUAUUCACAGAGUUCGGGAAACGAAAUAGACCCUCCAGCCUCAAGGACGACGGCAAGCGACAGAAUCCUCUCACAGGUGAUCUAUUCACGGAGUUCGGGAAACGCGGACAACCCCUGCCUGGUGAGAUAUUUACUGAGUUUGGAAAGCGUCAAAACCCGCUCACUGGCGAUCUGUUUACGGAAUUUGGCAAACGUCGCGAAAAUAAACCACCUUAUUCUGAGAAAAGUGAGGAUGACAUGCAAAGAGACGAGUACAUCAAAGCUAAUCAACACCUACAUCAAGACACAGGGGAGAUGGUUACCAGUAAACGUCAACGCAAUCCACUAGAUUACGAAGUAUUUGAUAAAAGACGAGAGCCCGCUUUCAACGGUGAUUCCGCCAAAAGGCAAAAUCCCCUGACUGGCGACUUGUUUACCGAAUUUGGGAAACGACAAAACACGGUAAUCGAUGGAAAGCUCAGCGAUAAAGAAUUGGCAGAUAUGUAUUUACAACGAGAGGAAAGCGGGAAAGACGAUAUACACAGUUAA